UCCCAUCACUUAACAGGCCAGUUAAGCUCAAGAUAACACCAACUAACCUGCAGUUGCUGUGUUUUAAAAAAUGAGUUUAAUGCUUAAAGGGCCCACUACGAGGGAGAAAUUCUGCGAUGCAGUCAUUGAAGUUGAGGAUGUCAAGUUUCCAAUUCACAGGAUCAUUCUCUGUAACUGCAGCACCUUCCUCCAAUCUCUCUUUGAAAACUGGCCCACACAAAAGACUGUUGAAUUACCCGUCAUGUCUCCUAAGAUCAUGCAGCUAAUCAUUGAGUUUGCAUAUACCAACACCGUUUCUGUGACCGUGGACAACGUACAGGAAUUAAUGCUUGCAGCUGAUUUGCUCAAUGUUACAGGCAUCAUACAAAUCUGCUCUGACUUCAUGGCAGAGGAGCUUUGCCCAAACAACUGCAUCGGCAUCUGGCAGUUCACAAAUGUCUGCUUCAGCUCUGAGCUGCAAGCCAAGGCCUUCAAUUAUAUCACUGAUUGCUUUGAGGAGGUUAUUCCCUGUAAAGAGUUCCUGCAACUCACUGUGCAAGAGUUAGCCAUAAUCCUUGGUAGCAAUGAUCUCAACGUAAGGGUAGAGAGUACUUUGUUUGAUGCCAUCCUUCGCUGGAUCGCCCACAUACCUGAAAAACGCGAAGGACACAUCACUGUGCUUUUGUCUAAGGUCCGUCUGGCUCUGACAAGCAAGGAUUACAUUAUGUCCAAUGUGAUGUCCAACAAGCUGGUGAAGAAAACCUCUGAGUGCAUGAAAAUUGUCUCAAGUUACCUCAAGCUCAUGACAAACAAUACUCCAUUGUCAGGCAGUGAGAUCAGCAAAUCAGUAGCCUAUCAUCGUCUGCCUAAAGCCAUCCUGUUGGCCAUUGGAGGCUGGAGCAAAGGCCAUAUAACUAGCCAUGUUCAAGCGUACGAUAUCCGCGCUAACAUAUGGACCAAGAUUUAUAACAAUAUGAAGCGUCCUCGAACCAAUCAUGGUGCUGCCUUCCUCAAUGGGUAUGUCUACUGUGUUGGUGGCGCAAAUGGAGGUUUUAGUGGACGUUUUGAGUAUUUAAACAGUGUAUGCAGGUUGGACUUGAGCAAACACAUCUGGCAGGAUGUGGCAAACAUGCACUGUCGUCGCAGCAGUGUAACCGUAACAGUGCUGAACGGGGUCAUAUAUGCCAUUGGAGGCCGGGAUGAACGUGGUCCACUCCAAAGUGCAGAGUGCUAUUUCCCUAAAACCAACCAGUGGAAACGUAUUGCAAUCAUGAAUGAGCAGAGAAGUGAGGCCUCUUGCACAACACUCGAUGGCAAGAUUUACAUUUGUGGUGGUUCACAUGGGAACAUUGCCCUGCAAACGGCUGAAUAUUACAAUCCACAGACAGACCAGUGGACUAUGAUCAACCCCAUGAACAACAGGCGCGGUGGAGUUGCAGUUAUUGGAUUUGAAAACCGAAUCUAUGCAUUUGGUGGCCUUGACGGCCAAAUUCGUCUGAGAACUGGGGAAGUCUACAACCCCCGGUCCAACACCUGGCAUGCUGUGUCCUCAAUGCUGACACCCCGAAGCAACUUUUGCCUCGCAGAGAUUGAAGGCCGGAUCUUUGCUGUUGGGGGCAGAAGCGUCUUGUGCAAUAACGCUAAUGUUGAAUACUAUGACCCUAAAACUGAUGAGUGGUUUGAGGCCAUGGACGAAAGGUUUUCUCUCCGCGGGCAAGGCUGCUGUGUUAUACAUGGAAUCCCCAACUUGGCCGACUAUACUUCCCCUCGUUAUGUGCCUUGGAUUUUAGAUAUGCAGGUCAUAAAGGAGGACCCAGAAGAUAAAUGUGAGCUAAGCUUCUAGCCCUAAAACCUGUCCAAUAGUGUGUUAGUCACUCCUCUCAUCUCUCCGCCAUGCAAGCACAAUCCAUGAUGGUAGUGUUGUGAUUAUACUACAUUAAACAUGGCACCAUUAAAUUAUGUGCUUUUGGGCAUUCAAUAAAUUUGGCUAUCAGAAAAAAUAUUAAAUAUUAAUAUUAUGGGUAACAAUGAGUGCACUAUAGAGGGUAGGGGGUGGGCGAUAUAUCGAAUAAACUUGAUGACUGUGCUCAGAGUGAGUUGAAGAUUACACACACAUGCACACACAGGCCCUGGGACUCCGCCCCGAAUCAUUCAGCUACACAGUGAGAUCAGAGCGCGUUAACCCUGUAAGACCCAAAUAUCGAAAAACCUAAAAAAAAAAAUUUUUUACUUUUAGGAUGUUGUUGUGGGAGGCCUCUU